UCGAAAAAAAAGAAAACAAAGAUAAAAACUUGUGAAAAUAGCAAUGACUACGCAGGAAACAGGGACGGUCAUUAUAGAGGUGGAAGAUGACGACGAAACUACUCUACGUAAACAGCGCAUGCGCGAAUUUAACGAACUGGUUCACAUAUUAUUUUCCAAACCAGAAAGACUCAUAUUAUAUAAAAUUCUAAAGGAUUACCAACGACGUCGUGACGUCAGGCGUUUAGUCGUCGGUCUAGACCUACUUCUUAGGACCUACGUAAAAUUAGAACUACUCAAAUAUGUUAGAUAUUUUGUUUGGCAAGGCCAUCUCGAUGAAUUUGAUAAAUUAACUCAAUUCCAUAUGAAAUUUCACCGUCGGCGUCGUCGUCGGAAAAGAAAAGGUCAUCUCUUACAAAUACCUGAUCACAGAUCAGAGGCGAGUACUAGUACAAUUGGUAGCGGUAGACACGUCAAAGAUGUGAGGGUAUUUACGGUUCUCAGAGAGAAAGAUGAACCGAGCCUCGGAUUCUGUGUACGCGGAGGCUCGGAACACGGCCUCGGAAUUUACGUCAGUGAAAUUGAAGAUGAUAGUGCAGCAGGCAAAGCAGGAAUAGAGGUUGGAGACAAAAUUCUUGAAGCAAACAAUAUUAGUCUUCGUGGAGUGGCAAGCAGCAGUGCUGUCAAGGUUCUCACAGGCUCAAACCGGCUCAAACUUGUCGUUCAGAGGACCAGGAAAGUUCCAGAAUGGAGACUAUCAAGAGAAAAAACAUCAUGGUACGACAUACAUGAUAAGAAGUUGAUAUCGGGAGAGUUUGAAGAAUGUGGUAUCAGCCACAGUAUCCGUGGACUAGAUGUCGAGGUUCCAGAAAGAAGGAUCAGUCUAAAAUUCGGGAAGGCUAACCGUGGCCUCGGUUUCAAUAUUAGAGGUGGGAGAGAAUAUGGUUUGGGAAUAUAUGUUUCAAAAGUUGACCGCGGUGGCCCUGCCGAGAAAAAUGGUGUCAGAAUUGGAGACCAGAUUAUUGAUGUGAACGGUAUUCCAUUUGAAAACAUCACACAUGCACAUGCCGUGGAGGUCCUAAAAGGAAAGAAACAUCUGAUUCUUACACUACGGGAUAUGGGUCGUUUUCCUGUGUAUAAAGAAUUAUAUGCGGAGUACACAUGGAGUGAUGGACAUUUGAGACAAGGAUCGAGUACAAUGAGUCUACAAGACAUUCACGUUGAGAACGAGGUUCCGAGUCGAGCCGAAAGUGUUGCAGACUUAUUCUCGAGCAGGAGAAAACCAAGCGCCAUACAUAGUGAAAUAUUCCUUCCAGGUGAACAGCAACCUCAAAAAGCUGGUACCAGUAGAUCAAGUAAUGAUAACAUACACCUUAUGAACACUGACGAUGAUUCAGAUAGUCUUAUUGAUCUGGAUCAGUGGGCGCAAGAUAUUCAAGACGAAGACAUAGGACGUGAAAACAAAGCUUACGUCAACGAUGAAGACGAUGCUGACAAAGAAAAUCAUAUUCAUAAAACAAAGAAGAAACGUACAUAUAUUCAUAAAGUGACUCGAUCAAACCAGCCCGAGAUUCCACCUGAUUAUGAUACUGUCGAUGAUCAUGAUAACGCUGAUGAUAUAGAAGAUCAUAUGGAUGACCAUUUGCAAAAGGAGUAUGAUAGACCAGAUAUGAUUUAUGCCAAGAUAAACAAGCGUGAUAAAAGAUAUGCUUCAACUAGUAGGUUAAAUGUUAUAAGUCAUACCGAUGAAGAAAAACAAAAAUCGGAAGUAAACACUGUUUACAAAAGUGUCACACACGUGUCGUCUCAACAAGAUUCUGCUUCUGAAAGAUCUUACAAAGGAACUGACAACAGACCAAGCUCAUCUAACGAAGAUCUUCAUUCUGUUACUCCUAGUAUUGAUGGUGCGCUUUAUUCAACCAUAAGAAGGCUUAGUGGCGGUUCUUUUAAGAACUUAACCGGAUCGUCUUUGAGUAUAUUUGAUUCCAAUCAGAGCACGAAAGGCAGUGAUACUAGUAAAAACUUCGCGAGUCUGGAGUUUAAAGUUCAUUCAGAGGAAAACUUACAUAGCAGACGAAAAAGUGUGAGUUAUGCUGAUAAUCAUAACAGUGACAGUGAAGAGGAACACGGAGCAGGCUCGUAUGAUUUGACAAGCCCAUAUUCUAUCCCAACAAGGAACACGGAAGAAGCUAUCUUCUCAGUUCAGGCUAGACAAACUCAAGCCGCUCCGUCAAGCUCAUACGACAAUUACGGCUCAAACAUUCCUGACGAAAACAAUAUGGACAGAGAUGCUCUUGAAAAAAGGCUAAAAGAAUUAAACGAAAGACAAACAAAUAUUGGUUUACAAGAGUUGAAUACUUUGGACAGAAACGAGGAUCGAGACACCAGUGUCUACAGUGGAAGUGUCAGAAAAAAAGGAAAGUGGAAGUCAUUAAAGAAUAAAAUUAAAGGAAGUCUUCGGUUGCGAUCUCCACGACAUUCAAAAAAAGAAGAUUCAAGUGUAAUGCAGUCAACAGAUAUUCCAGCAUACUCUACAGGACUAACACACGAAUGGACAUCGGAGAAGAUAGAUAGUGUAAAUAUGGCUAUGUUAGAAGAAGCCGCAGAAAAACUCCUCACUGAAGACGAGUUUAAAACUGUGAAAAGACAUAUUAAAUCAUAUCAUCAAAGUCACGAACUAGGAAGACUUGUGGAAGUUUUGUUAGAAAUACUUGAUGAUCCAGAGAAGUUAACCUUAAUCAAGGAUGUCAGAGGAGUUAUUUAUUCACAUGACAAAGGUCAGUUUGACAACAUGGUGAACCAUUUUGAGAUAGAGGAAGCUUACCAGAAAUUAUCUAUGAAACUACAUCUUCCACUGAACCACAAACCACAGAAAAAACCACGAAGAAAACUUAUUACGACUGAGAUAGAAACACCAUCCGAAGUUCAAAGUGCCGAUAUAAGCCUCCAUUCUGGUGAAGUAUCAAAUAGGAAAUAUAUUAAGGGUAACAAUAUAAAACGUAAAGCUAGAAUCACUAGAAGCAAUGCGCAUGUGCAACGCAAGCAGAGACACAUCCGGUUUACAGAGCCGCUUUCCAUUCAGCACCAAAAUGGCUUAAAUUCGGAAGAUGGACAUUUUCAUAUCAAGACAAUGGCUCGAUCAAACAAACAGAGAGAUGUCGUUAGUGUAAUGAAGGAAAAUGUAGAAGAAUCUAAAGUGAAACUAACUUCACCGAAAAGAUUCACAUCCCCGCAACGGCAGGGACGUAUAACAGAAGAAAAAUCAGCACUAGACGAAUUUCAAUACCUUGACCUUGAACAUUUAGAAGAAGGUUCUUGUAUAGCUGCUUUCAGUGAUAGUGGAUCUCAUGGAUCUGGUGAAGUCGAGAAACCCCCAGGAAGUGUCAUAGUUCAUCUUUCAAAAACUAAAAAAUCUAUCGGUAUUGACUUUGUUGAGGAAAUGGUUGGAGGCGUGACAGAGGUGAAGAUACAUAAAAUACACCCAGAUGGGGCUGCUAAUGAUGAUUGCGAUAUACAGGUUGGUAUGGCUAUACUCGCUGUAGACAGACAUAAAGUUGCUGGCUUGUCACUAGAGGAGGUCUGUGCUAUAAUAGAUACAUCAUAUGUGGACAAGCAACAUGUUAGCAUGAAACUUGUACUCCGUAAACCGAACAGUACAAACUUUUGAUAUACGGCUGCCUUCGUUUUCUUUGUAUUUUUCUUCGUUUGAUCUAAAUAAAUAUCAACAACA